AUGGCGGCCGCGGCGCUACUUCGGAGCGCGGCUUGGGGUCGCGGCGGCCAGGCUCGGCGCUUUCCGCUGCGCGCGGCUCUGAGGCGCCUCUCGGCCCCCGGCGCCCGCCGUCACGGCCCCGGCCCCGGCUCCGGGCCCGACCCCGCCGGCGGCGCGGCCUGGACCUGCUUCCCGCUGAAGGCGCGCGCCCUCCUGCGCGUGCGCGGCCCGGACGCGGCGCCCCUCCUCCUGGGGCUGCUGACCAAUGAGCUGCCGCUUCCGGGCCCCGCGGCGCGCGCCGGGUACGCCCACUUCCUCAACGCCCAGGGUCGCACGCUCUAUGACGUCAUCCUGUACAGGCUCCCCGAGUGUGCAGAUGAAGCUCCUGCCUUCCUCCUGGAGUGUGACAGCUCUGCGCUGGGUGCCCUGCAGAAGCACCUAGCACUGUAUAGGAUCCGGCGUAAAGUCACCGUGGAGCCAUGCCCUGAGUUGCUUGUGUGUGGGGUGCUGCCAAGUGCCCCUGAGGCGGCUGGGGCCACCCCUCUGCAGGAGAAAGCGAAGGAGGAUGCCAUUCUCACCCAUGACCCCCGGACUAUAUGCAUGGGCUGGCGGCUCCUCACGCGGAAUGGGCAUCUAACCCUGGUGCCUGAAAGCCAGCUUGGAGAUCCCCAGGAUUACCACCGGCACCGGUACCAGCAAGGUGUUCCCGAAGGUGUCCAUGACCUACCUCCAGGGGUGGCCUUGCCCCUAGAGUCCAACCUGGCCUUCAUGAAUGGUGUCAGCUUCACCAAAGGCUGCUACAUUGGCCAGGAGCUGACUGCUCGAACACACCACAUGGGCGUCAUCCGCAAGCGUCUCUUCCCCGUCCAGCUCUCUGGCUCCCUCCCUGCCGCCGGCAUCCUGCCAGGCUCCCCAGUGCUCACCGAAUCGGGGCAGGCUGCUGGCAAGUACAGGGCAGGCCAGGGAGAUGUGGGGCUGGCCCUGCUGCGGUCAGAGAAGAUCAAGGGCCCGCUCCACAUCCAAACAGCCGAGAGCAGCCGCGUGGCCCUGACUGUGUCCGUGCCAGAUUGGUGGCCCACAGCUGCCAAGUAGCUGUCAGGCCCCCUGGUUGGCUGCUCACACCGUCGCAGCCUAGCCUCUACCUGUGCUGGACUCCUGUGCACAGGUGGGGGUAGGGUGCCACCAGCCCCCUUUGCUCUUCCCAGCAGAGGCCGGUGCUUCCUGCUCUGGGCACACUCUGUCCAGCCAGGUCCACCCUGGAUCAUCUAGUCAAGGGGCCUGGAGCAGAUGGAGGGCACAGCCUCCUGGACAAGCGCAUGGUCUUGACAAGGCACAGCAAACGUGUGAUCCUGACCUUAGGCAAGGCAGCACUGACAGGGAGGGAGGGAGGAAGGGAGGAAGGGGAGAAGCUUGCAUAUCAGACACUUGAAGGCCGACCAUGGAGAUCAAGCGCCAAGACUGGAAUUUUCUUUGCAAGGAUCUUUAUCUCUUGCGUUUUGAUUUCUUGGGCCACACCAGCUGUACUCAGAGCUUACACCUGGCUCUGCACUCAGGGAUCACUCGGUGGAGCUUGGGAGAUUAUAUGGGGUGUCAGGGAUGGAACCAGGGUCAGGAAUGUAUAAGGCAAGCACGAUAUCUGCUGUACUCUCUCUCUGACCCCUUCGCAAAGAUUUUGAAGCUAGUGGUGACAUCAACAGCCUCAUUAAAAUUUUUAAAU